AUGGAGUCUUCUGGUCAAGAAAAAUCUACUGAAGCUCCCUUGGUUUCCGUUGGUGUAAAAGAUAAUAAGGCUCCUUGGAGCUCCCUCUUCACCCCAAAGGAGUCAUGUACUAAGCUGGAAUAUUAUGAGCCUAAAGGAAGAGAUGCAAAAGGGCGUGUGUGUGUUGCCCCUCCACUAGAAAUUGCGGAAGAGGGUGCUGCAAAAUGGAGAACCUGUACGGUGGGAUUCUUCCUAGGCAAAAGGCCCCCAUUCUUGACUGUAAAAAGAACACUAGAGAAGAUAUGGGCAUCAUACGGACUAAGAGAGGUUAUGACUUCUGGUCAAGGAGUUUUUAUACUAAAAUUUCAAGACAUGGAUGGAGUCUCUAGAGCGGUGGAAGUAGGACAGAUUACAAUUGGUGGACAGCCGUUUAUAGUUCGGAAAUGGACUACAAACCUUCCCAUGAUGAUCAAUGAUGUCAAAAAGGUGGCUAUAUGGGUGAGAUUGUAUGGCAUUCCACUUGAGUUUUGGUCUCCAAAAGGACUUAGCUACAUAGCAAGUGCCAUUGGGAAUCCUCUUUAUAUGGAUGCUGUUACGGAAGGAGGGACAAGAUUAGAGUUUGCACGGAUAUGUAUUGAGAUCAAAGUGGAUGCGGAAUGCCCGGAGACUAUCAACUUAACUCUUCCAAAUGGUGAAAACUUGGUGAUCAAUGUAGAGUAUAGUUGGAAACCACUAAAAUGCAAUGGGUGCCAAUGCUUUGGACACUCCACUGCCAAUUGUCAUUUUGCUCCGAAACAUGAAGGUAGCACACCUUCAUGGAAAAACCUCAAGGAUGGGGAUGGAAUGUUAACAACAAAGAAGCUAAUUGGGAAAGACAGUAAACUAAAGGUGGCAAACGGCAAUGACAAAAAGGCCGAAGGUAAAGGCGUGGAGAUUCAUAAUUUGGGAGGAAACACAAAUAAGAACAAUAGAUAUUCAGCUUUAGCCAUCCAUGAGGCCAAUGAACAAAUCAAAAGGAGCACAAUGAUGGUAGAAGAGGUAUACCCGGAGAAAACCAAUGAAGAAGUCAUUUCGGCAGGAAAAGAAAAGUUGAAGGAAGCUAGCACUUCCAAGAGUAGUCAAGGUACAACAGCUAAAGGAAUAGAUAAGGAGGAAGAAGAAGCUAGUACAAAUGGGGGGGAGGACUUGGUAAUUGAGGGCUCUCCAACAAUAGUCCCAUUCGGAGGAAAACUAAAGGUGGAUGAGAUGGAUUUUAGGAAGAAGGAUGUGGAUGCAAAGACUAUGAGCUUGGGGAAAAAAUUGGCAAAGCUCAAGAAAGCAAAUUCCACUCCACUAUCAUCCAAAUGA